AUGUCAAUUACUCUCUCUAAAACCUCGAAGAACGCGCCACUACUUAUUCACAACGGCUUUUCAUAUAUUAUUGAUCGAAGGAAUGAUGAAAAAAUAUUUUGGAAGUGCGAACAUGCGAGAAAAUAUGCCUGCCAUGGACGAUUACAUACAGAUUUAAGCAAUGUAUUCAUUAAGACUGUUGAUGAUCAUGAAAACCACACUGGAAAUCCACGUUCUGGACUAAUUCGGCAGUACUAUGAACGAUUACAAGUGGAAUCACAACAGAAUCAAACAAAUCCUCAUAAUAUUUUAACACAAACAAAUAUCGGUGUUCCGGAUGAAGUGCAAGAUAACGCUGUAUCCACACCAACAAACAUCAACUUGCCAAUUAUUCCAAAUAAAUAUCAUCGAACAACACGUGAUACAAUAUUUUUUCGUAAAGAUACUGGUCCUGGUUCAAAUCGCUUAUUAAUAUUUUUUACCGACGAGCAACAGAAUAUAAUGGAAAAUGCAACGACUCAUGGUUUCAAGCAAGACUUUGAGACAGAUACUGGUUUUGAAUCGUUAUGUUCUAAUCUUGGUGAUGACUACCAACAAAUUCUUGAUUACAUUGAAGAUAAUUAUAUCGGUCGAAUUCGUGGAGGAACUAGACGAGAAGCAACGUUUCCUAUUCAGUUUUGGAAUAUGGUGGCCCGUGUCAAGAAUGAUAUGCAUCGCACCAACAACAACGUCGAAGCAUGGCAUCGGAAAAUAAACUGUGCCUUUCAGUCUAGCCAUCCAACUUUAUGGGCAUUUUUAGAUAAAUUAAUCAAAGAAGAAAAUAAUUUACAUUCGGAUAUAAUUAACGCUAUGUCAGGGAGCCGGCCACCAGGGCGAAAGCAUGAAACACUCAACAAACGAUUAUGA